AUGAGAGUGAAUAGUUAAAAUGAAAAAACAGAGAAUAUAUUGACAACUAUGAGGGCAGGUACAAGCGAAUAUCAUAAUAUUUAGUUUACAGCAGGAUCUAAUUUAUAGCAAUCGUUGGAGUCUCAAAAAGACUUAAACAAGUUAGAAACAAAUCAAAAUGAAUUAGCAAAAUCUUAAAAGAGCAAGAAUGCUAAAUCUAGCAUUUAAAGAUAGAUUGGAUUAGGCCUUAAGGAUUCAGAAAACAGCGUUAUCAGCGAAUCUUUCAAUAGGUAUAAUCAUAAAAUAAAUGUUACACCUAAUGCUAAUAAUUAUAAGCAUAGUAAUACAUAAAAUAUGAAUUAAAGCUUAUUUAAAAGAAACAAUACCUAGAAGCCAUCAAUUAACUAAUUUUCAUUUUGGUCAGUCGUUUAAAUUCGCAAAAUGAUGGAGAGAAUUAAAAAAAAAUAUUCAUAUGCUAAUUUAACUAGCUUGCAAUAUGAGCUGAUUGGAGACAAAAGCGUUUAUCAUCAUAAGAAAGAAACGUUUAAAGAAAAAUAUGGUUACAAUUAGAACUAAGAAGAAGAGUUACCUAGGCUUUUUAAUAGAGUAUCUGAAUGUUGCAGAAAAACUUUAAGGUGUCAUCAUUUAAAAAAACGCAUACAAUCGUAUUUUUAAAAUUCAGUUGACUUUAUCCCUGUUUUUAAUCCUUCAAAUCCUUUGAAGUUGUUUUGGGAUUUUUUAAUCAGUCUUUCUCUUUUGCUAUUCUUUUUUGCAGCACCUAUUCAUAUUGCUGUUUCAUCUCCUAUAACAUAAAUUGUCGAAUAAACUUUACUUUAUGUCUGUUUAGUAUUGAUAGUUGUAGAUACUAUUGUUUCCAUUAAUACAGGAUAUUUCUCGAAAGGUUAAAUUGUGACAAACAGAUUCACAAUACUUUAAUUCUAUUUAAAAAAUUAAUUAUUUGUGGAUAUUAUUUCAAUAGUGCCCUUUUUCUUUACUAUUCCAUAAAGUAGUUAUUCUUUCUUUCCUUCUAUACUUACUUUGCUAAUUUUUAUAAAAUUUGGAGACUUUUCAAAGAUAUUCAAAAAGCUAGAAGAGUAGUUUCUAUUAAGACCAACAACUACUAAUAUUGUAGAGCUUCUAAAGCUUCUUUUUGUGCUUUUAUUUGUUGCUCAUCUUGGUGCAUGUGUUUGGAUGUUUGAAGGAUUGUAGUCUAAUUAGUAAUACAAAUGGUUUCUGACUGAUAAAUUAGAUGAUAUGUGGUCUCCUUAAUGGUUAGACCUGUAUGUGAAAGCAUAUUAUUUUAAUACUGUAACAAUGGUUACAGUUGGAUACGGUGAUAUUUAUCCUGUAAAUAACUAUGAACGUAUACUAUCUAUAGGAACUAUCUUAGUAGCAUGCUGUAUUUUCGCCUAUAUAGUUAAUUCAAUAGGAAACAUUUUUUAAGAUUUCUUCAGACACGCUUAGAUAGUUAAGGAGAAUUUUUAUACAAUUAACAAUUAUAUGGAGAAAAAAAAUAUCAGUUCUCAACUGAGAAAUAAUAUCAAAGAGUAUUUGAGUUAUUACUGGGAUGAAGAAAGAGGUAAUUUAACAGAAAAAGAAUAGAAAAUUAUUUGCUAGCUGCCUGAAAGUCUUAAAAAAGAGCUAAAAGUAGAAGCUAACAAGAUAGUAUUAAAGGACAAUCCAAUUUUUCAUCAAAAUUUUAGCAAAUUUAUAAAUGAUAAAAUUUGUGGAAUUAUUUAAGAACAAAGAUGCCAUCCAGAAUAAAUUAUUAUGAAAGAAGAUGAAUAGGAUGAUUGUAGUAUUUACUUCAUCUAAAAGGGGAGAGUAGAAGUAUUCAUUAAAUAGCUUCAUCCAGAUGGUACUUUAGCCACUAAGUCUAUAAUGAUUCUUGAAAAGGGGCAGUACUUCGGGACUUAUGGGUUUUUUACAGGGUUGACAAGAAAAUAAAGUAUUCGAUGCAUGGAAUUCAGUUAGUUUUUGGUGAUUAAGAGAAGUGAUUUCAUUGAAACUUUAAAAUAGUUUAGUGAUGAUUAUGAAAGGUUUUGUAUGUUGAAAGAUUAACUCAUGUUUAAUUCUAAAAACAGUGGGAUUGAUUAGUCUUGUUUUGGAUGUAGUAGUAAAGACCACUUCUUUUUAGAAUGCCCUGCAAUUCAUUAUGCUCCAAACCAGCAAGAGAUAAUUAAGAAAUAUAAUUUUACAUCAACUCAUCAUGUCAGAAGAUAGAAGAAAAGAAAUUUUACUAAAUACCACACUUUAAAAGAAAUGGAUUAGACAUUUAGAGAUGGCAUUAAGUUUAUAGAAUAAAAUGAGAGUUUUUUGCUAGAAUAAGACUGGCUGUAAAGUGUUAGCGAAGAUGAAAUAAGUGAUGAUAGUAAUAGUGAUAGCUACAGUGAUAGCAGAGAAGCCUUAGAUCAUGUAGAUAAGAAUCAUGUGUUAACUAUAUUCAGUCAAUUACCCAAUACAAACAGUUCUAAUUAGCUAUAAUAAACUGCUGUAUUUUAUAAUCAUGAAAAGUAAUAGAAUUAAGCAAACCAAAACGAUUCUAAAAUAGUCAGCAAUCUCAAUUCUGUUAAUAACAUAGAUGCUAGUUUAAAGACACAUUUAAUUGAAGAACCUUCAAGUAAUAAAGCAUAAUAAGUUAUUUCUUAAGCAAACAAAGAACGUGAUGAUUUCAAUUUAAGUGAAGCUAACCCUUCACCAAUAUCUAAGCUCAAAAAGGUUAAUUCAGAAAUCGAUACUGAAUUAAGUGUUUGCUAGAAGAUUCAGUCAACCUAAAAAAUUAAAUUAAAUCCUCACAAUUCAAUCUUUUAGCAAGAGUAAGAAUUUAAACACCACUAAAAGGAAGAUUAAUUAUAAUUAAUUGAAAGGAAAAAAGAGUAAGAUAUUGCAAAUAAUUAAUUGAAGUUGUGUUAAUCUUAGAAUUUUAUAGAUGUAUCUCUAGGACCUAAUUAAGCCAACAGUUUUAAUUUUACUUUCAAGCAGGAUUCUGAGAAAUUAAUAAGAAGGUAGAGUUAUUGGAAUAUGAAAGUUAAUAUCCCAGCUUCUAAUAGAGAAAUAUAAAUUCCUUUAGCCUCUGAAUAACAACUUUAAGAUAAUAAAGAUAAUUAAAAACCCAGAAAAUAAUCAAAUACUAUAAAAGAAAAAAUCGGAAGUAGUAAUAAUCAUAUUAUUAGUGACAUUAUUUCUAAUGAAACAAAAUCAUUAAAUGGUGAAAAUUAUAGAGGUAUUUAGACUUUUAAUUAAAUUGAAAGUCAUUAGCAUACGAAUGCUUCUUUAGACCUAUAAUCAAACUUUACAAAGAGCAAAAUACUCAUGGGAGAUAUGCUUAAUAUGAGUGAGAGUGACAAAUCUCUUCCACAGAUUCAGAAAGAUGAAACUAACUAAAAUGAAAUGAAUCUUUUAUGUGUAUUUGAUAUCUAAAGAUUUGAUGAUAUAGAAGGAAUUUAUGCUAAAAAUCAGUCUCCAAAGUUUGUAUCUAAUAGCAACAGACGUUCUUAAGCUAUGAAAUUGGAAGACGACUUUAUUCAAAACAAUGGUGGAGAAACUGAAAGGGGAUUAUUAGAAAAUACUAGUUUAAAUGAAAGCUAAGAUAUAAAAUAAGCUUAAUAAAAAGUAAAUGGAUUAACAAUUUAACAUAAUAAAUUAUAAAACAAAUAAUUUGAUGAAAAGGCCAUUCUUAGAUAGAAUUUAGUAGAACCUAUUAAAGAUAAUAAGGUAGAAAACAAAAGCAAAAUUAUUUAAAAUUUAGAUUAAAACUAAAAAUAAUUCUCUUAAAAUGAACAAGAAAAGAAGAUUUUUAAUAUGAGAAUACCAAUAGAAAAAAUAAAUUUGUAAAAAGAGAGUUAAUAAACAAUCUAAGAAGAUUUACCUGAUAUUGGUAACUAUAAAAGACUACCAGUUUAGAGAAAAUAAGUAACUCAUUAAACUUCUAUUGAAUUAAAUCAUGCUAAACCAAUUGUGAAUCAGCUUAUAAAUGCUAAUUAAAGACAAUCUGUUUAACAUUUUCAAAGCAACUUUAUGGUGAAUAGUAUUUAAACUUAGAACACUAAUUCAAAGCCAAGUUUUACUAACUCAAAUAUUGCUACAAAUUAAUAGCUCGGAGACCAGCAUCCAUUAACUAAGCUAGGAAAAUCAAAUAGGAAUCUUAUGAUUGGAAGUCUUUACAAUAAAGAUAAAUAAUAAAUUGGUAAUCCUGAUUAAAUUGAUUAAAAAGCUAUAAAAAGAGAAAAGUUUUGGAAAAAUGUUUAAAAGCAUGGAUACGAUAUGGGAGCUACUGAUGUAAGCUCUCCACUUAUUUUGAAGGCUAAAAAAAAGUUAGUGGAGAUUAAUAGUGAAGGUGGUUAGAUAUUUGGCGCAAAUAACAAACUAAUGAAUAAAAUAGCUUCGAAUGCUAGUUAAUUUAGUAAUCCAACUCAUGUAGAAGAUAAUCAGAGAUUCACUCAUAAAGGAAUUAAGAGCUUAAAAAAAGAUUACUCACCAACUUCUUCAAUUAUGAGUUAAAAAAAAGUAGGAACUGACAAUCACAUACAAAGUCAUGAAAGUGCAUAGAUUGAAUAGUUAAAGUAAAUGAUUUCUAAUUUACUUAUGAAAUUUGAAGAAACCAAAGGAUAAUCUCAUAGUUAGAUAAAUGCAAUGAGCAGGAAAUCUGUUGUUUUUGACAAACACUCUCCAUUGCUUUUAAUGCAUGACUAUAUUGAAGAAAAUAAGCAUAAUUAAAUUUAAAACUCUCCACUUAUUUCAAAAUAUUAACUGCACAAUCCUGCUUCACCUUAAAUACCUUAGUAAUAUCCACUUAAUAUUAGGAAUUCAGAUGAUUUAAUUAAUAGCAACAACAUGUAUAAUUAAGAAUUAAUUCAGGAAAUAAUUUUCGAUACUAUGAAAAACUACAGUAAAUACUUCCCUGAAAAUAAUAUUUAAUUUAUUCAAAAUGAGCUCAACAAGGUUUCUUAAGAAAAACUAAAAUAAAUGAAAAAAUAAAAAAUAAAGAAAGCAAAAGCCAAUUAUUAACUAUUUAAUUCUCUAGAGCAUUUAAGCAGAGACCAACAAUUUAAAAGAAGAAUUCUCAAUUCUAAAUUUGCUAAAUAAAGUUUGAUGCACAAUACAAGAUAAGAAUAAAGUGAAGAAGAAUUAAAUUCUGAAAGAAGUCGCUCUAAUUCUGGCUCAAAUUCUAAGAGAAGAUCGUUAUUCUUUGGAAUAGCUAAUGAAAACUUUUCUCAUGCAGUAAAUUCUUUUAAAAAUUAAAAACGCCAAUCACUUAGUUAGUAAUCGAUUUCUACCAAUCAAAUACCUUAAAUAAAUCAAGGUUCACAUAUAAUUCCUCCUCCUGCAUAAAAAUUUUCCUAAUUUAAGAACUGA